AUGAGUUAUACAAAUACAAAAGAAGAAACCCAAAUAAUAAAUAUAGAAAACAAUGAUAUAAAGAAAAGAAAAUUUAUAGAAAACAAUAAUACCAACAAUAAUACCAACAGCAAUACCAACAGUAAUAACAAAAAUAAUAAUAAUAAUAAUAAUAAUAAAUCAAAUAAUAAAAAACAAAAUAAUAAUAAUAAAAAACCAAGAUUAAAAUUUACAUAUGAUUAUAAUUAUAAGAUAAUUAGUCCAUUUCAAAAGUUUUUAGAUUAUGGUAUUUGUCCAACUCUGAAUGAACUAUAUAGUGAAUUCUAUCAUAUCCUUAACGAGAAUAAAUGUCAAAAGUUAAAAAUGGAAUUAGAUGAAUUAAAAAAGAUGAAUAAAGGUGAUAAACCAAUACCAAUCGAUUUCGAUCCAAGUAAAAUAUGUCAUCAACAUUCUAAAGAAGAUAUUGAACAAAUCAUUUUCGAUCCAAAUGAUAGACACCUCAUUGAAUUGGCAGUCAGAAAAUUUUGUGGAUUCCUUCAAAAAGAGUCAAAUAUGGUAUUAAUGGAAAUGAUCAUUCUAUCAAUUGGUCUACUAAAAUCAAUUGAAUUCUUACAUUUCACUUUAGAAAUUGAAAGAGAUGGUGGUAUUUUCACUACUGUCAUUCCAAAAUCAUCACCUAAUACAACCACUACUACCACUUCUACUACUACUACUACUACUACAAUAAUUAAUGAUGAUAAUACCUUAAUAACAACAAAAGAUUCAAAUGAACAAACAUCGUCAUCAUCAUCAUCAUCAACAGCAAUAACUACCAAUACUAAUUGUAGCAAUUCAAAAUCUUCAUCACAACCAAUAACAAGAAGAAGAACACCAGGUGGUGUUUUUUAUAAAUUAAUCAAUUUACAUAUACCAACAGAAUUUAAAUCAAAUCUUUUUUCGAUCUCUUCCUUAUUUAAGUAUAAGAAUGAAAGAAAGAAAAAAGGUUUUGGUACUUUAUUAGAUUUAAAAGAUAAACUUUUAGAUUUUACCUCAAAUAAUAGUAAUGGCAAUAAUGAUAAUAAUGAAAAUAGUCAAGAACAAAUCAACAGCAAGAAAUUUAAUAAAUUGUUAAAUGAAGUUGAUGAAGAAUUUGAUAAACUUUGUGUUUCUUCAAAAAAUGAAAUUAUGACUUGA